CAAAAAAAAAAUUUGUGUAUAUUAAUGCCAACAUGAGUAGGUAUCCGUAAAUCUCAAUAGCAAAGAGAUAAAAGAAAAUAAAAGCAGAAAAUGAUUGGAUCGAACUCUGAAAAUGGACAUGAAACUACAUAUGGGUGACCAUAUGUAGUACGUCAUGAGCUAAUUAGACAAUUUGCUACAAAACUAUCUUCUUCGUAGUUACGAGAGAUUUGUAUUGCCUAGCAUCGAAAUCGCAAACUGCCAUACAAGGACCACCAAAUGUGGAUCUUGAGGUUUGUAUGUAAAAUUAGCGACGGAACGGUGAUAAAUGGGUGAGAGGGGAGCUGAGGCAUCGUCUGACUAUUUUAUUUUAUAAAUUUGCUACGAAUUUUAUAUGUAUAUAUUUUAAAUUGAGAAGAAGAUAUAAACCCUCCUGAUUUCAACCUAACUCCUCCACCACGGUGUAAAAUUUUGGUAAAAGACUCUUUUUAAUUUGACAUGAAGAGAAGAUACACACUAUAAUUUGACAUGAAUUUCUCGAGCACAUUUUGAUAUAGUACACACUAUAAAUUACAAGCAUAAUGAUUACGAAAUUUUCCACAUCUUAUUACCAAAUAUCACAUUAAGAAACCAUGGAUUGGAUAAUUUUUAGUCAUACCGUCAUCAUUACGUGGUCUGACUUCUUCUGAUAAAUAAAAUGAAAUAAACAGACCACAUGAAACACAUGCAUGCAUGUGAACCCAUACGUGUACGCCUACGUCCGAUUAGGUCAGAUCCCCCAUACUUUCUUAAUUAUUUCCAAUUAUUUUAUGUUAUUUUACGUGUAUUCCUAAGGAAAUGAGGGGAUUUCAAAAAAAAAAAAAAACAAAGAGAGAAAAUAGAUAGGAUAAAACCGGAUAACAUUGGAAAUAUAACUAAUUAAGAUAUGCUGGAAAUGAUGAAACCGAUAGAUAGCAUGCAUUGACUACACCAAUAACUAUGUUGAUAAAAGGAAAAAUUAAAACCUGCCCCAUGAGCCAUGCUGAGAAUAUUUUGUUUUAUUUUUAUUUUCUUAGUGUGAGAUUGAAAAUAGAGGAUGACAUAUACUACAAGGUUUCAUGGUUCUAAAUAAUUCUGAGUUAGUAGGAAGUCGAUGUUAUAUAAUAUUAUUUGUUAUUAUCAGAAAGAAUUAGGAAGUCGAUGUUGUAUAAUAUUAUAUGUUAUUAUCAGAAAGAACUGAUAGCAUAUAGUUACGCGAUAUGAAUUGCGAUUUAAUUAUGGCAUGUUUAUUGACGAACGAGAGAAUCGGAUCAUUUAUCAUCACAUACUUAAGAAAAGUACGACACAAUAUUUUUUAUUUCUUAAUUACCAUAUUAGUAUUUUACUAUAAAAAUAUUAUUUUGUUCAUAAUUACAUUGAUCAUUGGACAACGCCAACUAAUCCAAUUGUAUAUAUAAAACGACAAGGAUAUCAAUCAAUCAUUGUAGAAUCCGACGCAUUGGCAUGUGGGUGGUAAGUAAGUAGCAUAGAUCCUACCCUUUGCCCCUUGUAAUAAAAUCUCGAAUAUUUGUUGUGUGUAUUUCCAUGACAUUAUUUUAUGGUUUAUACCCCUAUCCUUUAAUUUCCUAAUCGACAUAUGAUCGGGAUCUAGGAACAUACUCAUCGCUUUAAUAAGAUGCAUACGAUAGUAAUUUCGGCGAAACGGAUACAUCAUAUAUGUAAAAUAAUAAUAAAAUAAUUUGAACGAAAUACGCGAGGACAAUGAAUGCUAUAGAGAAUGGUUCUGCGCUCACAGACGGACUAUUCUGAUAGAUUGAACUUUUUCAUUUAUGCUCAAACCAACGUCAACCGGGUGAAUAGCCUCUUACGAUCUCGAUCUUAAUCCAUCCUACAACACAAUCGAGUAGGAAUUGUUACAUGGGAUCAUGAUGGUGGUCUUUGCAUAUAUAGAUCUCAUACCCAAAAUGCUAGUCAUAACAUGUUCAAUCAAGAACACCGUAUCUUCUUAUACGAACAUGUGAGGUAUUUCUUACCAACUUUUUUUUUUGUUAUAAAAGUAGUAGUAAUCAAUAUCCUAACAUUACUUAAUGUACUUGCCAUCGCUCCAACCACCAGAAGUCAGAAGAUUUUAAUAGUGUAUUGAGAUCCCAUCAAUCUCAACCCAAUUUCUAGCAAAGCAUGAAACCCCACUCAAAAUUUACUAUCAACGAAAUGAUUUAGUAUAUAUUCAAAAAACAAAGGCACUCAUUAAUAUUUGUCGGGAUUAUUGGUGGUUACUUUCUUAAGAUAACUUUUAGCACAUAGGGGAACUAAACCGAAAAUGUUAAUGACGCCUUUUAAACGUCCUUUUUACCCAAAAAAAAAAAAAAUGUACUAGGAGAGAACCUUGAUCCUCAAACCUAGGGCUGGCUAUUUGGUCCCGUACUGUUUGGUUUUACCCGAAACCGGACCGUAUAACCUGGACCGGGACUGGACUGGGACCGGAUAGCAAACAAUGCAAUUUCAUAUUCGGGCUUAGAUUUGAGGUAAAAAACCGGAUAAAGACCGGAUAAGAGACCCCCAACACCUAAAAUCAAGAUAAAAUUGGGAUCGGACAGGGUCAAGACGGGACCGGAUCAAGACCGGACUGUAUCCAAUCCAAUCUUUGGUCCUUAUAUUCCCGAAAAGACCGGACUAGGACCAGAUCAAUUUGAUCAUAUUUAACCGGACCGUAUAGCCACCCCUACUCAAACCCGAAGGUGACCGCCUGAUUAAUUUACCCGAAUAAUGUAAUUAAGGACUCUUGUUAACCCACUAGAAAGGGAGAUUUCAGAUUUCACUCACCCACCCUCACAAUCAACACUCAUUAUAGAAAAGAGACAUACGUACGUCGUACAGUAAUCCUAAUAUAUAUAAAAUAUAAUGAACGCACGUACGUGGAGCAUACAUAUUGUGUAUGACACAUAUUCAAAGAUAAGGACACAUAUCGAGGUGCCAUAACUAAAUGAUGUGUGCAUUGAUUUCUCCCCCCUCUCCCUGCAAAUAAAUGGACACAGAGGGCCUCUACUGCAGCAAUCAAAUUGCCCAUUAGGUUGUUCAAAUGGUUGUCAUGGUUAUAACCAAAUUAAAUAAGGCUAAAUUCUAUUAAUCAUGGAAUACAAUAUCAUAACCAAACCGUCCAAACUAAUACAACAACCAAAUUAAUCAAACUAAAGUUUAAUCGGUUUGGUUAAUUGGUUAACCAGAUUAACCAAUAUAAAAUCACAUUAUCAUUGACGAUGAAAAUUUUCCGGUUAAUGCAACAAUUCACAAUUUAUAUAAUGAAUAAAACAUAACAAUUAACAUGUAGUUAUAUUUGACCCUUAACAAAAAUACAUGCAACUAAGACAAUUAUCUUACGAUUAGUAUAGAAGUAUUCACCUAACAAAAAUAUAUGACAAUGCUAUGAGUUAAUGAAUUGUUGUGUUUGUGUAAAUUUACUUAGUCUGUUAGCAAUUAUCAUAGGCUGGAAAUGCCCUUCCUUUCAAGUUUUCAUCCAUCAUAAUGUAUGAAAUUUAUCUAAAUUAGGCGUCCAUAUGUUGUGGUCUACACUUCACAUAUACAAAUAUACACUAUAUGAGCAAUAUUGAGCUUUAUAUUUUAUGAGUCUAAAAGGGAUGAACGUUAUCUCUUGAGUGGUUAUGCAAAGUAUUAAAUAUGUGUAUAUAAUAUAUGUUAGAUAUAUGACUAAUUACUUAACUGGUUAAUUUGGUUUGACUGGUUAGAAGUGUCUGAAACCAAACCAAACCACCUAAAUCAAACAAGCUAACAACUUUAACCAAACCAAACCAAUUAUCCAAAUUAACCAAACCAAAUUAUCCAAAUAGUACCGGUUAAAACGGUUACCACGGUAACCAAACCGUUUGAACAACCCUAUUGCCCAUAACUCCCCCGUCAAUCCACAGACAUACCAUAGCAAUCCCAGACAUUACUAUGAUUCUCCUUUUCUCCUUGCAUGCAUCUCAUUUCUUCGCUUUAUCAAAACUUCUUUGAAUAAAAAGAAAUCUAAUACGACUUUCAUUUUUCCACGAUCUUUUUCGACAAUGUUGGAUUGUUCACAUCUUUUAUGUUUACAGAAAGAAUAGUUGUCUUGUUGAUUGUUUGCUUCGACGAUAAUCGACAGGGGUCUUUUAGUGCCGUUAGGCACCUGUUUAAUUAAUUUCAUAAUUUGCUAUGAAAUUUUGUUUUGAAACGAAGUGUCCCACUGUCUUUUUUUUUUCUAUUCAGGAAAAUAAAUCCGGAAACAUAUCGGUUGUUACGGUCACUAAUGCAUGUUGUGUGGUGGUCAAAAACUAUUAACAACGGGAAAAGUGGUCCCAACUAAAUAGCUAAUGAUAUUUAUGAGAGAUUGUCAGUCGCAUAUAGUAAACACGGAUCACCUACUCACCAAACAUCAUAAUGUUAGUUUACGGGGAAAGACGGUGUACUUGAAGCAUAAACUCUUAUUUCAUUAUAAGUUUGGUGGUGAGAUUUGAAAACGAAGAUUUUGAGUUUUAAAAAUUCUUAGAUUUAUGAUGAUUUUGUUUCACAUUAUCAAAUUACAAAUGAAAUGUGAGAUUUGUAAAAUUAUGAAAUGGAUAGAUUUUGAGUUUUAAAACCCAAAUAGAUUUUAAGUUUUAAAACCCUAAUGAAAUAUUUGUUAAAUGUCAAAUCCAUUACUCAUCCCACAAGCAAAUGAUAAAGGACCAGCCUAAUUGAAGUACUGGAUGUCAGUUUAGCAUAUGGGAGAUGCGUAUAUUUGAUUUCCGCACUUCCAUUGAUUGGUGUAAUUAAAUUCUUAAGUAGCAUCCAAGGCAAUAGGGUUUAUAUGGAUUCGACUUAAUUGAUCUGUAUGAUUUUUCGGUUAUUACACGAGCUUGAAGAGUUAUUGCUUUUUUUCUUAAAAUUUCAAGUGUAAGCAACAUUUUAGAUCCUUGAUUUUAUAUUUUGCCCAGUUUGAUUGAGUUAUAAUAUACAGAAGAAAGCAUCAGUAAAUUUCCAGAGUUCGGGUGUGUAUAUGAUACAUUCAAUCUCAUAAUUAUAAAUUUAAUCAUCUAAUCUGUCACAAAAAAAUACAUUAAUGUUCAACUAGAUAAUGAUGUACAACGAGAACUAUUAAUUUGCAUAAAUUUCUUUAUGAUUUGCAGUAAUUUUAACAUUUUUAAGACUCGUUAUAGAUUUCAGAUAUUCAUCCUAUGAUCAAUAUAAAGACAAGUUCACGAGUAAAGUACAUCGUACUAAAGCUAUAUUAUUAUUAAGCAAAUGUCAUCAGUUAAAAUUUCAAAUUUGAUGAUUAAUCCAGUUUUAAACAUGCCCAUAAUUAAAAUUUUCCAUUCUUGGAUACGCUUUUUGUUCAUUUUGUCAUCAUGUCAUUCUUUCGUCAUACCAAAAGAUCUAAGAUCUUCAUUUAUGUAUGUGUUAAGAGUUUGAAGUAUGCCACACCAUGCCACACUUUGAAAAUAGAAUGUUACUAUAUGCUCCAAAUUUGUGUUACGGUAUAAAAUUCAAUUCGUUCUCCAAUUUUCAACGAUUUCGAUUAAAUUAACGAUUUCGAUUUAAAAAAAAACAGUAUUUAUUUAGGACGAUUUCUCAAUGCUUUAAUAGUUUACAAAUUACAACCGACUGAUGUAUGACUCUAGGCUAUUUUUACAUUAUGUUUAUUGUUCCAUUAUUAUACAUUUCAUUCUGCCCUACCUAACCGAUUAUUGAAUACAAGUUCUCAAUUUUAUCUCCAAUAGUCCCCGUUCAAUUUUUCACGUGCAAAUUAGCCCAAUACAAUCUUCCACAUUUCCCCUACCAUUAUAAAACCAGAGCUUCACCUCCACCAAAAUCUGCAACUCACUCACUCUUUCUCACCAACACAAGUGAGAUCCUCAAAAGCAAAAAUGCAGAGCCUUCACCAAUCCACCGGCCUGCUCAACCCGUCGACGGCGACGGAGAAGCCGUUCCUCAACGGCACUGGCGCCGGCAUCGCCUCCCUCGCCACGAGGCCGUCGUCCACCAAGUUCUCCAAAGUCGUCAAGGGAACCAACCCGGUCAACCCGGGUCGGGUCCGGCAAUCCGGGUCGGCCGUGAAGGCGAUCCUCGGCGGGUUGGGGGCGCUCAACCCGCUCGCCGCCGUGAAGGUGAAGGCCGUCGUCACCGUGAAGCAGACCGUCGGCGGGUUUCUGGCCGACACCGUGCUGGUGCCCAACACUGUUGCUGACCUGCUGGGGACUUCCAUGAUCUUGGAGCUCAUUCCCGCCGAGCUUGAUCCCAAGACGGGAAAGCCGAAGCCGACGGUGAGCUCGUUGGCUAGCUUCGCCGGGAUAAAUGGCACGGAGAUCAAGUACCAAGCAUCGUUCGGCUUGUCGGCCGAUUUCGGUACGGUCGGAGCGGUUCGAAUUGACAAUUUGCACAUCAGGGAGAUGUUCCUCAAGGAAAUCGUCCUUGAAGGCUUCGCCACCGGCUCCGUCAACAUCGAGUGCGAGUCCUGGGUUCCGGCCAAGAUCUCCGGCAAGCCCAAAAGGGUCUUCUUCUCUACCAAGUCGUACUUGCCAUCUGAUACGCCAACGGGGUUGAAGAAGCUGCGAACUGAUGAGCUCGUGGUUCUGCGAGGGAGUGGCCAAGGUGAGCGCAAGAAAGGCGACAGGAUAUACGACUACGACGUCUACAAUGAUCUCGGCGACGCAAGACCUGUAUUGGGUGGUAAAGAGAACCCUUACCCCAGGCGAUGCAGAACAGGACGACCACGAUCAUCCAAAAAUCCAGAAGACGAGACGAGGGCGCUUUACUUUUAUGUGCCUCGUGAUGAGGAGUUCUCAGAGAUUAAGACUGCACAGUUUGGGGUGAAGACGUUGUACUCGGCUUUGCACGCCUUGGUGCCAACUCUGGAGACCAUACUCAUCGACCCUAAGCUUGGGUUCCCACACUUCACAGCCGUGAACAACUUGUUCGACCAAGGGCUCAACUUGCCUCCCUAUUCGCAGACAAAUCUUGUAUCUUUCUUGCCAACGCUCAUCAGGAACUCAGCUGAAGCUAGCAAUGAUGUGUUGCAGUUUGAGGUCCCUCCAACAAUGGACAGAAACAGCUUUUUCUGGUUCACUGAUGAGGAAUUUGCUAGGCAGACACUUGCUGGUGUCAACCCAUGCACCAUACAGUUGAUCAAGGAGUGGCCUAUUAUGGGUACCCUGGACCCUGCCGUCUAUGGACCUCAAGAGUCUGGAAUCACUAAAGAACUCAUUGAGAAAGAAAUCAGAGGCUAUACAACACUGGAUGAUGCCAUCCAACAAAAGAAGCUAUUCAUGCUCGACUACCAUGAUGUCUUGUUGCCAUUUGUGGGAAAAACCAGAGAGCUCGACAACACGACAUUAUAUGGGUCACGAACUGUAUUCUACCUCUGCCCAGCUGGCACAUUGAGGCCUCUAGCAAUCGAACUCACUCGGCCACCACUCGACGGAAAGCCACAAUGGAAGAAAGUGUAUGUUCCGAACUAUUCCUCUGCUACAGAUGUCUGGCUGUGGAGGUUCGCCAAAGCUCAUGUCCUGUCCCACGACUCUGCCUAUCAUCAGCUCAUCAGUCACUGGCUGAGAACCCAUUGCUGCACAGAGCCUUACAUAAUUGCAGCGAAACGCCAGCUCAGCGCGAUGCACCCAGUCCACCGGCUCUUGCUCCCUCACUUCCGAUACACGAUGGAGAUCAACGCGCUGGCACGACAAGCUCUGAUCAAUGCUGGUGGAGUCAUUGAGUCGACUUUCGCCCCUCUCAAGUACUGCAUGCAGGCUAGCUCCGCCAUCUAUGGCCAAUCUUGGCGUUUCGAUAAGGAAGGACUUCCUCAUGAUCUGAUUAACCGUGGACUGGCUGUGGAAGACCCAUCUGCACCACAUGGUGUGAAGCUAACAAUUGAAGAUUACCCGUACGCCAACGACGGCCUCCUCAUCUGGGACUCCAUCAAGACAUGGGUGACCGACUACGUCAACCAAUACUACCCAGACUCCCAAUCCGUCUCCUCCGACGCAGAGCUCCAAGCAUGGUGGUCCGAAGUCCGCAACCAGGGACACGAGGACAAGAAAGACGAGCCAUGGUGGCCGACCAUCUCCACCCAACAGGACCUCGUCGAGGUCUGCACCACCAUCAUCUGGGUCGUCUCGGGCCACCACGCAGCGGUUAACUUCGGGCAGUACGCGUUCGGAGGUUACUUCCCGAACCAGCCGACCACCGCCAGGGUGAAAAUGCCCGACGAGGACCCGACCGAGGACGAGUGGAAGCUGUUCAUCGAGAAGCCCGAGCAGGCGCUUCUCGCCACCCUGCCGUCCCAGAUUCAGGCUACCAAGGUGAUGACCGUGCUCGACGUGCUGUCGGCUCAUGCCCCCGACGAGGAGUACCUCGGUGGGCCGAUCGAGCCUGCGUGGCGCGAUGAUCCGAACGUGAAGGCUGCUUUCGAGAAGUUCAAUGGCAGGCAGAAGGAGAUCGAGGGGGAGAUCGACGCGAGGAAUGCGGAUUCGUCGAGGAAGAACAGGAGUGGAGCUGGGGUCUAUCCUUAUGAGCUGCUGAAGCCGUUCUCGGAGAGUGGAGUUACUGGUAAGGGAGUUCCGUAUAGCAUUUCCAUUUAGGAAUGGUGGUUGUGUUCUUUUGCUGUGCUUGGGGGAGUUGCAUGAGAAUAAGAAGACUUGGAAAUGGGUCCAUUGGGUUGGGUUUUGGUUUGUUUCGGUUUGGAAAGCCUUUGGUUAACAAGGUUUUCUGUUUUCAUUUACCUAAAUAAUAAGAGUAUUAACGACUC